AUGUCAAUUUCAAACCCAAAUACACGAAGCUAUGAAAGACUUAAGGAAAAUACCUCACAUCCACAAUGGAAAAAUUCAGUGCCUUCUUUAAUACCUUUAUCAAUGGAUUUUUUGUCUUCCCCACGGCUUUUAAGUGCGCAGACUUCGAGGUCGUCGAAAUCACUGCAAAGCCCAACACAGAAUUUACCUGGAAGAUCUUCAGCAAUUGAGGGUAGAGCUUUAACUGCGAGGAGCACUGAUAGGAGGUUUUUUGGGAAUACAGAAACUCCUUCAGACCAAACGAAAUGCUCACUAAAAGAAAAUGGGUCAGUUAAAGCGUAUGCUGCAAGCACAAAUCAAGGAUUAGUUAUGGUACAGAAAAAAAUAAUUAAAAAUUGUAUACCUAAGGUAUUUUUAAUAUAAAUUUACGCUUUUAUUUGAUAGUAAAAGGCAUUUAUUUUAAAAAGAAUAAAAAAAUUGAAUUUUAAUAAAAAUAUUAAUUUUAGUUAGAAAUUAUAAUGAAGAUAGAGUCAGCAUCAUUUUAAAUAUCAUGAAACCUCCUCAUCGAAGUGGAGAACCAUGACCCCGUUGUUCUUUUUUUGGAGUUUAUGAUGGCCACGGAGGUGCAGCAUGCGCUGACUUUCUGCGAGAUAAUUUGCACCAAUAUGUGAUAAGAAAUCAAUAUUUCCCUCAUAAUCCUAAAGAAGCAAUUAGGAAUGGUUUUGAAGCUGCAGAAAGAGCCUUUAUUGAAUUUGCAGAAAGGAAUCAGCCAAUAGAAAGGUCAGGGAGCUGUGCUAAUGUAGUUUUAAUUGUUGGUGAUAAUUGCUAUGUUGCAAAUGUAGGAGAUUCUAGGGCUGUGAUGAGCGGCGAAGGUGGAACAAAGAUUUAUCCUUUGUCAAAAGAUCAUAAACCUUGUGAAGAAAAAGAAAGGCAAAGAAUCAUCAAUAAUGGCGGAAAAGUUUAUCAAUUAGGCAAAUUUUUUAUUAUAGAUUAUUUAUUAUAUACUAUUUAAAGCUAUAUUUUACUUAACUAUUUGUUAUUCAGGCUAUUAUCUAUUUAAAAACUGUAGCUUUCUUAUAUAUUGACAAAUUAAAUUAUUUUUAAAAAACAUAAAAAAAUUAAAAUAAUUUUUUUAAAAAUUUAUCAAUCAACUGCACAAAUCCAGGGAAGCCAAAUCACAGGACCAUAUCGUAUUUUCCCAGGCCGACUUUCAGUAAGUCGAACUAUUGGUGAUAUCGAAGCUAAAUUGCCAGCUUAUAACGGAAACCCUAAUGUUUUAAUAUCAACACCAGAAAUUAAAGCAUUCAGAAUCCAUCAGGAUUUUGAUUUUAUCAUCCUCGCAACUGACGGAAUUUAUGAUAAAAUGAGCAAUAAAGAAGUGAUUCAAAGUGUAUGAUCCUGCAUUUAUGAAGCAAAAACGAAAAAUAUUCACCAGUUAUGUGGAAUUGCGGUAGAAAACGUAAUGAAUACUGCAUUAAAUAAAAAAACGACAGAUAAUGUGACGGUCGUUAUGAUUGGGCUUGAAGGGUUUGUCAAUAAGAUUGAAGAACUGUAUGGAAGAGAAUAA